ACAAACAGUUCUUCGUUGCCAAGGAAACGCAGUGGACAACAAACUUCCUUAAACUAGCCCGGUGACUGUUGUUAGCGGGGUUUUCACCACUCAAAUGCAAUAAGUUGUGAUUGUUUUCAAGCUUUAUAACGUUUGAAUGAGUCAUGUUAGCUGAGGCUCGGGGUCCAGACCUUUUGGGAUCAGGCGCACAAUGGAAGCCCUCCACCUCGGGGAAGGGUAUCAAACAUUCAGGGAAUAAGCAUAGGCAACAGGGAGCAGAGCACCUGCGACAAGCGUCCAGCCGAAAAUGCUGCUUCCUAGGACUGGAAACGAGGCCAGAGCUGGUCUGGGAGGAAUGGGACCUGGGGAAAGAGUUCACCAAGACAUUAGUGAUAAAGAACAUUCAAAGCAAGCCGCAGAAGUUACACUUGAGACCUCCAGUGUCCAGAUUCUUCACCACCUUGAUUCCCCAGAUAAUUGUUGUCAGCCCAGGGACUUCUUUCUCAAUACCAAUCACCUUUAGACCACUCCAAAGGUGUGAGUAUGAGGACACCGUUGAGUUCCAGAGUAAAGAUGGCAGCUUCCAAGUAUGCCUCCGUGCCAUCAUUCCCUGUCAUGCCCUGGAGGUGCCUGACUCUGUGUUGCUGCCAAUCUGUGCUGUUCAGCACUCCACACAUACUACCUUCCUGCUCAAAAAUGUCAGCAAACUCCAGACAUGCUUCCAGUGGGAGUGUGCAGCACCUUUCCAGCUGGGGCCUGAGCAAGGCCUGUUGAAGCCCGGCCAAGGGUGUCACAUCACUGUCAUCUUCCACCCACAAGAAGCACUGGUGUACCAGCAGCAGGCCUACUGCAGGUUUGGAGAAGAGGGGGACAAUGAAAUGAGCUGCUGCACUGUGCUCCUGCAGGGACUAGCCAAAUACCCAUGUCUUCAGCUGAGAAGUAAGAGUUCCAAGAAUGAAAAAGAACAGGGUGGUCCAGUGCUGCACUUUGGCUCUGUGGCAGUUGGCCAAAGUUUGCAGAAAUACUUUGACAUCUUUAACCCCUCCCCUGUAACUGCAUCUUUCUCUCUGUCAAGACUUUCUGGUGGAGUGCCUUUGUUGGGGUCAGAGUUCAACUGUGAUAUCACCAGGGGUAACGUGGCGCCUGGAGGAUCGCUACAGGCUACAGUCACCUAUACUCCUGCUGUUGUUGAUACUGUCUCUGUUGAGUAUUUGUCUCUAAACUGUAAAGGGGCACUCAACAAAACCCUGCUCAAACUCACUGGAAACUGUAUAGGUCCCAAAGUUUCCUUGUCUUCCUCUGUGGUGGACUUUGGCUGUGUUGAAGAAAGAGGAGCAGUAAUACAGACAGUGGAACUGGUCAAUUCUUCACCUGUUGAGGCUAUCUACCAAUGGGACCUUGACUGUAGCGGGCACAGUGUGUUCAGCAUGCAGCCAGCGAGUGGCACUUUACGCCCACAUAGCUGUAUAACACUGAAAGCAGUGUAUAGGCCCACACAGCCUUUUGCACACCACAGGAGAGUGGCAUGUUUCAUACUGCACAGGGACCCUGUGUUCCUUGACCUGAUUGGUACGUGUCACUCAGAGUGCCAGAAACCAGCUGUAUUGAAACCCGAACACUUGGUUCUGGACAGGCUUCAUUGGAACCGCAGCGAAGACCCACCGGACACUCUCACUGCCAUGCAGCAAGACCAUAAUAUACAACUGGACCAGCAGAGGGUCCUCUGUCCACUGGAGGAGCAGUCAAACCAAAGACCAGACAGUGCUGCUGUUGUGUUGAGCACUCCCAUGGAGGACUAUUACCAAUUCUGCUUGGGGGGCAUGGAUCUUCUCUCUUCCAGUUUGUCUUCAUUGUCUCCGCGUGUAUCUGUGGUGCCCUAUGAGCUGCUGUUUAAUCACAAAAUACCCUCCUCCUUGUCUACUUCAUCCACUUCCUCUCAGGCUGUCUCCAUCACCAAUCACACCAGACGGAAAGUCAGCCUGGUUUGGACUGUUGCCCAAGAAUCUCCGUUCUCUAUCUCUCCCUCAUCAUGUGACCUGGCUCCACUGAAGUCCACUUCAUUCAGAGUGACAUAUGACCCCAAACAGCUCAAUACUCUGCACGGAGGUCAACUGGAGUGCUUUGCAUACUAUAAGCAAGACAAUCAUCACGUUGAGGAGCGACUGCUACAUCCGCCCUGGUGUGUGAUUGUCAGAGUCAUUGGCCACUCCUUCCAGCCAGGCAAAGAGCACUUUAUCCCACGCUGCUCCCUUAAGCCCCAUCAAGUGGUGUUUCCAGGCCUGAGUGUUCUUUGCUAUCGGACAGUACUCCUCCAGAAUGUUGGAGACCUGCCGCUCACUUUCUGUCUGGACCCACACCACAACUCAAACCCCGCCUUGGCAUCGAUGUCUGUAGUGCCGAGCUGCGGUUUGAUCCAGCCAGGGGAUCACAAAAUCCUCACGCUCAGAACAACUCCCACAGAAGACAGUCCCAAACAGGGAUUUAGUUUCCAACUGCAGCUCAAUGCAGCUAAACACACACAGGAAGUGACAGUUGUCAGGGUGGUGGAAAAGCUUUGUGUGUCUCUGGAAGAAAACAGCAGUAUAUAUUUCAAGCCUACAGCUGUGGGCUCACAGACUCAGCGCACCCAAAACCUCAGGAACCUCAGCCGCCUGCCUCUACGGUUCCAAUGGAGCAUUCCAGAGUCAGACCAGGAGCUUAUCUUUGUUGAACCAGAUGCUGGUGAACUGCAUCCCAAUGAGAGCUCAGUACAGACAUGGUCCUUCAGUCCUCUGGCAGAGAAAACAUACACACUCAAACCUAUUCUCACCUUCUGGCCGACCCAGACUCCUGAAUGCAACAUAUCACACCUUACCCUCAAAGUAGUGGGAACGGGCUCCAUAGGCUUCAUCAAGGCAGAGAGAGCAGUUGUAGAUGUGGGGGAGAUUCUGGUUGGAAGUUACCGGUCAAUUGAGAUUCCUCUGGUGAACAACAGCCCCUGUCCUGUCACCUUUUGUCUCUCUGUACAGCAGAUACUACUGGAUGAGGAAGAUAUUUAUGACCCUAAAACUGAGCCAAGUGUCCUGCAGCUGGACUGUGAGAGGGGAACCAUCGCCUCACAUACCACAGUGCUGCUCCGAUCCACGGUCAGGCCACACAGACGAGCCCAGUACUUGUGGACCAUCAACUACCAGACACUGAACUCCAGUGGUUUUGUGUCAUCCCCUCCCCAGGCAGUGUGUGAAGUGCGUGCUAAGGGUGUGUUCCCCACCCUACAGGUGACUGAUGCAUGCAGUAGUGGCAGUGUGGACAGGCUCAACAAAGUGCAUCUGUGGAAACUCUUCUCAUUGGAUUGCCUCAAUGAGCACUUGCUCUCCAACCCUUCCACUGUAGAACUCACUUACAGAACCCCCACCAGGCACAGUUUGCGCUCUUGUCCUUCUGUCUUUACCAAAGUCUUGUUGGAUUUUAACUUCAGUGCAGCUCCCCUGAAUUCACACCCCUCUACUAUCGUGUUGAUGUUUCACAACCCUGGCUCCAUCCCUGUAGACUGGACAUUCUUGUUUCCAGAGGAUCAACAGAUAGAGUUGGAGUACUGGGCCGAGACAGGAGAGUUCAGCAGCACUGAACUGUACCAGAUGAAGGUCCAAGAAAACCAGCUUUUCAGCAUUUCUCCCCGUUCUGGAACUUUGCUCCCUGGCCAGCAGAGGGCAGUACAAUUCAGCUACAGCCAUGAAUUUGCUGGGGCAGAUCAGUUUCCCAUCGUGUUCAAACUCUCUUAUGGCAGAGAGAUCUUGCUGAACUUCCAGGGGGUGACAGUGGAGAGAGACAGACCGUAUCUCCACUUCGCCUCCAAUCAACAUGUCUUCACCCCUGUAACUAUUGGGGAUUCAACUCCUCCAACCCAGGUGUAUGAAGUAUACAAUGGUGGUGCAGUGCCAGUCCAUUAUGAAGUGGAUACAGCUGUUUUGUCACAGCUACAGGUGGACAACUUUAAUCAUCCAGUGCUGUGCUGCCUCAAUCCAGUGGGAAUCGUCCUACCAGGGAAGACAGCCAUGCUGGAGUUUAUCUUCUCACCACUGGAGGCCAAGAUAUACUAUAUGGAUAUUCCUAUCCACAUCCAAGAUGGAGACUCCACACUGGUUAGGUUUGAGGGAUGUGGGUUUGGAUCUCCAGCACUGGGCUCCUCAAACCCAUUUAAAUGCAGUGAUGCUGGGCCAACUGUACCCUGUGUGCAGAGAGUGCCUUUCCCAGGACAGGUGGUAUUCCUGUCCGAAGACAGUGUCUCUCUAGGCGACAUCCCUGUGUGCUCACGAUCUUCAAGAAUCUUUUUCCUCACAAACAUGUCCCGCAGAGACACCGUCCACUGUACAUGGGACCUGGCCACGCAGGGCAACCAACAGGUGGUGCAGAUCCAUCCAGAGCAAUGCAGUCUUUGUCCAGGGGAGAGUAUCCUUUGUGUCCUAACCUUCACCUCUACUGACUACCCCACCAUUUAUCGGCUAGAUCUCAUCUGUCAGGUUACUCAGGAAGCAGCACUGGUUCGGUAUCAUGAUGCUUUGCAGCUUUGGGAGCAAGAGAAAAAGAGACAGCACGAUGAAUUCACUAUUAUGGACAAAGACCUUACAGAGAGCCAAGGGGAAUCUGUAGCAGCUCCCGUAAGAAAAGGGCCACAAUUCAGGAAAUAUAAGACUCUUCCUCCUAUCUGUGCCAGUAGUAGUUGUGAAACCUUGGGCACUAUAUGUACCAAGCUAACAAGAGCUGAACGGCGGGCGCAUCGAGAACCAACGAAAGUGUGGAAGAGUCCUGAACCUCCUCAACCUGCUUUGCUGCAUCUGGAGGUUACGGCACGCUCCCAUGGCACCCUGGAGUUCCUCACACACUUCCCUGACCAGUUCAAUAAGCAUUAUAGGUGCCUCCAGUCAGUCAAGUCCCAGAGGCCUGAAACCACUUUGUCCAGCACACCCCUCCCUGCUGGGCUGCCUCCACAGACACACAUCCACCGCCCUGAGAGAGACAUCCUCAUAUACAUACUUGACUCUCUGCUCAGGGGCAUACUAGAUGAUGAAGCCUUCGCUCAGUCUCUGAUUACUUUGGCGUCCAGGCCCGUCACCUACCAGCCACCUCUGCCCCCUACACCCCAACCUCAAGAUCUGUUGAACGGGACAAAGGCUGAACUGAAAGAACAGCACAGCCCAGUGGACAAUGAUGGGACUGCAGGAUGUUCAGGGAACAGACUCCAAACAAAGACCACACUGAGCACUGAACAUGUGCCUGCUGACAUGAUUGAAGAUGUUUUGCUGAACACCCUCCAGAAUCUGAUGAUGGAAGCUGUCAGAGGAGAGCUUGUCCUUACAGUGCACCCCCGCACAAUUAUCUUGCCACCUGUUUCUGCCAGAACCAGGAGGGUGUCCAGAGCCAUGGAGGAGGAGAAAAUGUGAAAAUCAAAAAGAAACCAGCAGGAAAUUAAUUUGGAGCCUCACCAUCUACCAGCGUCCCAGAGGUCCAUCUCCCUCUUCUGUUUUCACUGAAAACCAACUUAUAGCCCAUCAGUAUGUUCAGUUUGACUUGCCACAUACCAUCCCACUCAGUGCCAUCCAAUGUUUGCUUUAUUCAUGUGUCUCUCCUACCUAGCCCUAUGUCUCUGUACUCACUGGGCUUUAUCUUUGCUCCUGAGCGAUUACCUGGUGACCAGGCUCCUAACAGAAACAUUUCAUUUGUGCGGUUCUGUUGUAAGUCAUUACCACAUAUUUUGGACAGUAAUUAAAGAGAUUCCAUCCUACUAGUCAUUUCUACAUACUAAAUGUUUCUUAUCACAUUUGUGUUGUCUUGCAAAACUGUAUUACAUAAUAACAACACAACUACUGCAGUAUUACACUGCACAUAAAACUGAAGACAAAUUAUUUGAUAUGCCUGAGGACAAGCGUAUGUUCAAAUGUUGAUUUUGUGUGACUUCAUUAACCGACUAUACACACUGCAAACAAGCAUUUGCAAAACAUUCACGUUUUAGCUUUUGCAUAUCAGGUUUACUGAUGUCUCAUUUUUCAAUCUAAAGCCUUAAUUAAAAAUUUA